AUGGCAGAAAUAUCUGCCACAGAAAAGAAACGUCUACGCGAUCGGCGUGCUCAACAGAAUCUCCGAGAUAAAAAGUUGCGAUAUCAGGCAAAUCUCGAGGAGAAAGUGGCCCAUUGCGAACAAUACCAUAAUGAAAAUGGCGUCCAGGAGCUCCUCCAGAUAAUUACAGAUCUCUCUAAACAGAACGAUACUCAUGUGGCGCGUGAAACAUCCCUGAGACAUCUCGUGACUUCCUGGGAUAAAGAGACACAGGGGCCUGGCAACUCAAAUUUAUGGCCAUCACCAGGAUUUAUUGCUACUGAAUUGAUACCUCAGACAACUCCAGAAGGGAUCCCAAAUCUGAACACUUCUCCAACUGCUACAUCCUCCACUUUGCCAACACGCCCAAGACCCUUAACAAGCGCUGAAUCAGGUUGGGAUAAACCACCUAUCUACUCUGAUGACUUCUCGGAUCCAAAGACCUUAUACUGUGCGUGGUUUGCCUAUCCAGAGCAAGUAGCAUCAUGUCCCGACACUCUACCAUCGCCUCUCUCGAUCUUAUAUGGUGACCAUGCAAAUAUGCUCGCAAAUAUGAUACACCUGCGGAUAGAGCAGCGACCCGUUCGGGAUCCCGAAAGACUAGCGAUGGGCUGGGUAAUGUAUCACUUUUCCCGCUGGAUCGUGGUACCUAGUCCAGAGACCUAUGAGCAAAUUCCCAAAUGCUUCCGACCCACCGAGGAUCAAAUGACCACCCCACACCCUAUUGCAUUGAGCUUGAUUCCGUGGCCAAAGGUAAGGCUAAACGUAAUUCGUCAAUGGCAGAUUUAUAAGAUGGAUCAGGAAUCUUUGUUUGGGCUGCUUAGUUGCUGUGUGAAAAUUCGGUGGCCUUGGGGUGUCAAGAUAUUGGAGCGAGACAGCAGGAAUGAGAUAUGCAUUAAACCGGCAUUCCUUGAGCUUUUCAUGAAAGAGGAAGGAUGGGGUGUUACUCCAGAGUUUAUAAGUCGUUUCCCACAACUGAUGACCGGGGUUGAUGUGAGUUCAAUAGUAUUUACAAUAUCGUGA